UCUGUCUCAACCCUGGCACUUCCCAAGUCUGUGUUCAGUGAAAUCCCAUUCUUUUUUGUGGCUCAUUUCUGGCUGUUUUAAGAAGUCAUUUUAGGGAAAAACGUAAGCAAGGGAAGGUAAAAGGUCUCUCCUUCUGCAUUGGCCGGGAAUCGAACCCGGGCCUCCCGCGUGGCAGGCGAGAAUUCUACCACUGAACCACCAAUGCUCUGGUAGUCUGGGUUCUUCCACGGCAGCUCAGGUGGUCUGCCACAGAUCCCUGCGCUUUGUCUGGAUUCUGCCAAGUUCUUGGAGCAGUCGCGGGAGCGAGGAUGGAGAUCCAGACGAGCAAGGCUUUUCCCCCGAGUGGUCGUGCUCAGCUGAGGCUCGUCACCUUGAGUCUGUCCUAGUCCCCAGCCCUCCCGGCUCGGUCUUUCCUGGCCUUCAGGGGUCUGCCUGUUUCCGGCAGCGCGCCGGGGACCCCGACCCUGCAAGGCCGCGGGGUGGGGACAAGCCAUCCCCGCGCUCCGCUGGCUCGCUUUCCUUUCUCCAAGGUUGCGCCUCCCACCACCGGAAUCAGCAUCCCUGCGGUUCCCGGGCCGCCUACCCAGACCUCCUGAAGCCAGAAAGCCGAGGCGGGGGUGGCCGGAAAUCUCACUCCCAGACCUGGGGACCUCGGGGGAUGAAGACGAAAGGGGGUCCGAAUGCCCUCUAUUCCGCCCCAGUGGCCCUCAAAGGCCUCCCUCGCCUGGGCUGGGCCUGAGCCAGGGGUGUAGGCGCUGGGUACCAGAAAGUUGUUUUAGAAACUUCACUGCCCACAUGCAUUCCCCUCCCAGACAACGCAUCACUUGCCCUAGGCGGAACCUGAAGCUCCUGCAGCUGUGUCCCCACAGGGCCUUCCUGCCCAGGCCAGGACCUAAUUGUCUCUCUGCACGGAUCCCCCAACCCUUCUUGGGCACCAGUUCCCCGGAGUGCGUGGUGGAUGAGACAAUGGGGUGAGGUCGGGCUGUGAGAACCCGGGACUUUCCAGGCUGGUCCUCUCCCAGGGCCUGGAGCAAAGGAAGGUGGCCUGGCCACGGCUUUAACCCUGCCUGGCUGGCUCUGCCAGUGCUGGGCCCUGCAUCCUGGCAUUCCCAUGCAAGGAUUAAAGGCUCGCACACCCACACUGUGGCUUGGGGCCCUGACAACUCUCCCUUUCAUCCUUUGCCAGACUAAGAUCCAGAACAUCAGUAGUGCCUGGGUCAGGCAGAGGAGACUUUGGAGGGUCCCCCUCUGGCUAGCCAGAAGCCACCAGGCAAUUGUCCCCCUCCUGCCACCUGGAGCCACUGGAAGGUGCUCCUUAUCAGAGGCCAGCCAGGGGAAGCUGGUUUGCUGUGGUCUCCCAAAGAGACCUUGGGCAAGUGCCUAGUGGCCCUUUGGGUAGAGAAUCCUGGGAUUCUAAGGAAAAGCUGCAUACCUCCAUUUCCCCAAGUUAAACUGGGGUCUGGGCAGGGACUCUGGCCCUGGACACUGACCUCUUCCGCAUUUGUCUCUUCCGCAGGUGCGGUAACUAUGACCUGGACUACGAGGGGUACAGGGAAGAUGUCCCCUACAGGUGGGUGGGUCCUGCCCACUUGGUCCUCUGGGCAAACGGAUGGGGCUGGUUGGCCUGACUCCCUCUUCGUCCUGUCCCAUAGGGUGUAUGAAUACCGCAGGAUCCCUCCACUCCUCAACCGUGUGCCUGUCAAGAUCCGGAGGACCCAUGUGGGCGUCGGAGUGAAGAGCAGCUUCAGUCCUCACAAGGUCCCCAGGAAUAGCCAACUGCCCCCAGGGCAGAUAAAACUGCGGACUAAGGAGCUGUACUCCAUCAGAGGGGAGCUGAGCCAGAUCAAAGCCCAGGUGGACUGCCUAUUGGAGAGUCUGGAGCGCAUGCACCAGCAGAGGGAGCAGCAUCCAGGGACAGAGGACAGUGAAGACAACAGGAGCCCUGAUAGUAAGGGUUCCUCAUGCAGACCUACUGAGCCCCAGCAGGAGCCCAGGGGCCAGAGCGCCCAUCCAGAGGCAGACAGCCCCAAGGAGAGCACAGACCCGGAGGAGGCAGUGAGUGGCCUGACACCUCCCCCUAUCCUCACCCUCCUUGUGUUUGGGUCCUUGUGGCCUCCCUAUGAGCAAGGGAGGGACUCGGGCUUCUGUGGGAGCCCACAGUGGGUUGGGGGAGACAUAUGACUUCAACCACAGGCAAUGCCCAGGAGAAGAUGGGUCCUGCCCUGGUUUUUAUUCCAACUAGGGAUUGGUUGGCUCAGCUGGACCAGUUCUGGGCUGAAAUACCAUCUCAUCCUGGAAGAUGCAGGGAGGGGGGUAGAGCUUUGAGCAUUGUAGAGGGAAUGUCACAGCUGUGCCCUCGGCCCCAGAUCCCUUGCCUGAGAACCACCUGGUAAGCUUGUUAAGACUCAGAUUUCUGCCCUUUUCCUGUCCGGUGCACUCACCUGCUGCCCCAGGGUCUUUGGACUGUCUGCAUUGUACUAUGCUCCCCAGGGAAGCUGUGGCACAGACCUUUCUGGAUGGAGAAUAUCCACACCUGAUCUGAUAAUGACCCUUUGUGCAGCACUAAAGGGCUGGAAUGUUCCCUGCCCUACCAUAUCCUCCUUCCCUAUGGGUGGUCCCUGAGGCAGGCCAAGCCCCCACUGCUAUUUGGGCCAUCUCAGCAAGGCUGGGGCUGCUGGGGAGUCGGCAGUGAUGAGCUCCCCUUCCUCCACCUACCAGCUCUGCCCCUGGGCCUGCUGGGUUCCAGAGGGCCCUCACUGAGACCAAGGCCUGAGUCACAUCUGGGAAAAGACUGGGCUAGAUGGAGAGAAUGCUUUCUUUUGUCUGGUGGUUCUGGGUUCAGGAAGAAUCUAGAAUAGCACUGAGCUGCCAGAGCUGCCAAGAAAGGGAGGUGGGGGUGGGGAAGACUGGGAGAUGUUAGCAGAUGGCCCUCCCUUUCCCAGCCAUACCGUGCAUCUUAGCCCUCCUGGCCAGAGUCCUGCUUCUGUUUUUCCUACAGGUGAAAAAUCACGCAUCUGACCAGGUCGGCCAGUAGAAGGUGGAACCCCUCCGGGCUCAUUAGCUCUAGGCACUUUCCCGGGUGGCUCCAUUCCUUCCCUCGUGUGGUUUUUCAAAGGCCUCCCGAUCGCACCCACGCAACCAGAGUCUGGAGUGAGGGCAACGGGAAGUGGAGGCACAGCUCAUCCAGACCAGCCAGGAAGCCUCCCUAAGGGUAGCUUUAGCUUUGCAGGUAGUUUCCAGAUGAUAGUCCAGGGACUGGCAGGGACUGGAGGGAGGAGGCACAGAACUGUCCUCAUGAAGGUGAGGCCCAGUCUUGCAAGGAGCAGCUGGACAGGGUCCCCCUGGGAGUGCCAUUAGCCCUGUCUGACUGCAGGUGCUGCUUUGGCUGCUCUUCUCCCCUCCCAAGGCCCCGCCAGUCCUGUCUGGCUGUGGAGCAUCCUAGAGCAGCUGGCCCAGACAGCUUUCUCCAGCCACAGUGGUGCAGAGGAAAUGUACUCCUGUUCCUAGUCGGUCUUCCAGUCUGAAACUGAGCUUUAAGGUCCUCAGCACGUGCCGCACAUAACCCCUUUUGGUUCCAGACUCCCCAUCUACCCUACAAAGCCAUCCUUCAGAAUAGGGGUAUCAUUUUUA